AUGUCCGGCCUCCUAGAAGACGUCGGAACACCGUGCCCGCCAAAGUCGAGAAUCCCCAGGUUGGACCGAUGCAGCAACAGAAACACAUCAGUCACCAGCCUGUGGGACAGUAGCACGGAUCACGGCGACGAAACAUGCAAUAUCGACUUCACCAUGGAGGUGAAAAAGCCCGUCCUAACAGGAGCCAGGCCCAAACGACGAACCAAAACCGGCUCGUCCUUUGCGAUCCACGAGGAAGACGAUGCGAAAUCACAACAAGUGACCAACAAACGGAGACGAGACGACAGCAUGGCCGACUCAAGUGUCAACCGGAAGACUUCGCUGCUCGCCCAGCCCGCCCAGAGGUUCCGGCCCAGAGUCAGCUUUGCGCCGAGUCCGUCAAAACGAUAUAGGGAAACUGUUGAUCCGGUGAAGCCAGUGCCUACCCCGGAGGCCACUGCGGCAGCCAACCGGGAGUUUUUGGUGAAGAUCAAUGGCAGCGCCCGGUCGAGGCCCUCGCCUCGCAAGACAGGCGUCCACCGUGAUACGGUCUACAUCCCGCCGGAUGAGACCACCGUGGCGAGCACGUUCAUGGAUAUUUUCAGUCCGGUCAAAUCAAUUCCGCAGCAAUCUGUGCCCGAUGAUAGCCAGUCCAACUGUGUAAAAGCGCAGUCUUUCAGAAGAAGAAACGAGAAGGAGUCGCGAGCUUCGAUCCAUCGCCCACCGUUACGACCAAGCUUGAAGAUCGCUCAGGAAUCAACCACUCAGGUCGACAUUGUCGGGAAAAAUGGUGGUAAAGAGAACAUUCCGCCGGGAUCGGUGCUGGGCGAGAAGAAAGUGCAGCCUUACAAGCUCUGGGAACCCCCCGCUGAGGAUUUAAAGGCCUCCAAGUCGGUACAGCGCAACUCUGGCGAUGCUUCCCGUCAAAAGGUUGUAUCAAAGCCGCUCUCCACAGCAUCUAUAAACGGGUCCCUACAGCGAGCGGUCCUGAAAACCCGGAAUAAGUCGGACCAAACUUCAACCGAUAUUGUUAAGAGCAACAAUAGUGUCAGGCAGAAAUCAAGCUCAGUGAAUCUCGAAGCAUCGACCAUCUCUAGGGACUCUACCACCAAGCCACUAAGGCACUCGAAAUCUACCGCUGCUAUUCCCAGGACAACCGUUUCGUCUAGCGUGAGGCGUUUGGAUGACGAGUACCCGCUCAUUCCCGACAACAUAACAACCACGUCAAUGUACGAGGAAGACUGGAUUUUCCACCAAGAAGCGGUAAUAUCGCAAUUGGUGAAUACGCUGAUCGGGCAACCUAAUCAAACUUCGAGUGUUGACGACCCGGCCAUACUCCGACAUGAGCUCCUAGGGCUUUACCAGGAUCCCUCCUUUACACAUCUGUACAAACGCGUUCAGGCAUCUGUUCUAUAUGGAGCUAUGAGUAUUCCAAAAGAUGUACUCAUAAAAAAUAGUCGACUCACCCAGGACUUGGGGAUGAAACGAAAAUUCUUGGAUUUUUGGACACGGACGUACGAUCUCCGAGCUCUGAGGGCCGCUGUGGAAACCAUUACUGGAAGGAGGAUCCCGACCCCGGUGACACAGGACGCUGGCUUCGACGCAAGAGCAGCAUCGGACACCAAACGUGCGCCCAAGAAAAAGCUUGAAGGCUUCCUAGACGCAUUCCUGCUGCAAAACCGGGACACAGAUCGAAGCGCAAAAGAAACCAGUGGCCGAGAUCCGGCUGCAGUAGGCCACGCAUAUCGUCGCACGGUGCUCCGCAGCAUCAUGAUCAUCAUACUUCUCGACAAAGGCAGAAUGGGAGGGACAACGCUUCCCCGCCGUCUUUUUCUCGCUUCGUCGCCCUUCAAAUCAUCAGCGGCCGUGUUACAAGGCCUAGCUCGUUUUCUUCUCCCGUCAUCAGGGGACAUCCUGAAGGCGCUCGGCCAUCUGGAUUGCCAGUUGGUUUAUGAGCAGCAUCCACUGGAGGAAUACGACUUCCGCAUGCACAACCUUGCUGUGGACCUCAGGGAUGGGGUUAAACUGACCAGGAUGGUAGAGCUGCUGUACCCGCUUACCUCGUAUUCGGAUAGUAUCACAGGUGCGGCCGACCUCACCCCCCAGCACGGAAGCCCAUCGCCAGAUCGUCAGUGGCCGCUUUCUCAGAACCUAAAGCUUCCCUGUCUUGGCCGAGCGGUCAAGCUUUUCAACGUGCAGAUUGCACUGGAUGCGUUGGCCGCCACGCCAUCGUCCAGGAAGCUUGUUUCCCAUGUGCGAGCCGAAGACAUCGUGGACGGUCAUCGUGAGAAAACCGUCUCUUUGCUUUGGGGACUAGUUAGUAAAUGGGGGUUGGCCAAACUCGUGGACUGGGAUGAUCUGAGGAAGGAGAUUGACCGACUCACGCAAAAGGCAAUUGCUCUAUUUGGAUACGAGCAGGUCAGCUGCGCAGAUUGGUUCACCGGAGCGAAGUCAAGCAACUCAAAAGCAGAGAACGACGAGUCCAUCUCGCUGCUCACACGAUGGGUGUCCAUUCUCGCAGGGCUCAAAGGUCUUCACUUCGAGAACCUCAGCACAAGCUUUGGCGACGGCAAGAUUUAUGCAGCCAUCGUAGACGAAUACGAGGAGUACGUCCGCGGAGAUAACCCAUCCAAUCCUUCGUCCAAGUCUCUGCCCAAGCUGGCAUCCCGUCUCCGCGCACUGGGCUGCAGCGCAGAAUUCACGCACCUUGUCCUUCCAGGUCCAUCGGGCAAGACACACGUCCUCGACAGCGACCUAACCACUGGAGCACUCGCAUUUCUCUGCUCUCGCCUCCUCUCCGCCAGCCAACGAGCUCGAGCCGCCACCGUACUGCAAAACGCCUGGCGUCGCGUCCUCGCCCGUCGCGAACUCCACCUCCGCACUCUGGCCUACAGCGUAGCCCAACACUGCGCCGCUGUCGUGCAAACCCGGGACCGUAUCCUCUGGGCACAGAAAACGAUCGCAAGAUGGUGGAAGAAGACCAAGACGCGUCACCAGCGACGGCAGCUACUGGAGUAUCAUUCCACCCACAAGGCAAGAUAUCUCCCUGCGGUAUCAGAUACUCAGUAG